CGCCACGUGAUCAUGCUGAGUUCUUUGCGUCGUGCGGCUGUGCGGUUGCCAGCAAACAGACAGCAACUCAAGAGAACGCUAGCCAGUGCAACACCCAGCGCUGCUACAGCUCAGCCUAAGCCAUCCAGCACUGUGUGGGGCGUGCUUGGAAAGGGCGCGUUGGCAGCGACUGGCGUUGCCGCGGGAGCCAUCUACUACCGCAUGCAGACCGACGAAGGGUUUUCCCGCUCCGCGUACUUUUAUGCCAAGGUAUUGCCAGCGUACGUGGACUACCGUGUGACGCAGUUCUACGUGGAAGAUAUUUUGAAGUUGGCAGAUCCAGACCAGGACGAGUACUACGACCGCCUGCACAACCGGUACUCGCCCGAAAUCUUUGACGUGAUCUUGAACCUCAAGGGGUUUUACAUCAAAAUCGCGCAGUUGUCGUCCACGCGGGACGACUUUGUGCCCAAGCAAUACCUCGACCGCGCCAAGCAACUGCAAAGUGACGCGCCGGCGAAAUCCAUCGACGAAGUUGUGGCCAUCAUCGAGCAGUCGACCGGCAAACCUAUUGGUGCCCUCUUCCAGUCGAUCGAUCCGACGCCGCUGGGUGCCGCAUCCAUUGGUCAAGUGCACAAGGCGAUUCUCCUAGACGGGACCACAGUGGUGGUCAAAGUGCAGUACCCCGAAGCGGAAAAGCACUUCCGCAACGACAUUGGUACGAUCAAAUCGUUUUGCGCGUUGGCCCAACCUGCCCAUCUGCCCAUGAUGAACGAGAUCGAGAAGCAGUUUAUGAACGAAUUUGACUACCGCAAGGAGGCUGACCACCUGUCGGAAGUCCGCGCCAACAUCGAAGCGAGUCCAUAUAGCCACUCGUUUGUCGUGCCCAGGCCUUACCCCGACCUCUGCACCAAAGACUUGCUGGUCAUGGAGUACCUACAGGGCAAGAGUUUACUGGACGGAAUCCACCAGCACUUUGAAGUGAUUGCCAACGAACGCCACACAACCGUCGACGCCUUGCGCGCAGAACAAGACAAGGAAGACGCUGAACGGGAUGCCGCCGGUCUGGCUCGCCGCACAGGGCCGUCGGAAGAAGACCUGCGGCGGUACCAAAAGCUGCUCCAAGCGCGAGAUACGUGGACCGCAACCAAGCACGUGCUAUACGACUAUUCGGUGGGCUGGCUGUACCCCCGUGCGUCGAACUCGUCGGUGGACGAAGGGGGAAAGCUGCUCAACUUGGCGGAAAUCCUCCGUCUUGUCGUUGAAGUCCACGGGUAUGAGAUCCUCGUGAACGGAUGCUUCAACGGCGACCCCCAUCCCGGCAACAUCAUGUUGCUGGAUGACGGCCGCAUCGGACUGAUCGACUACGGUCAAGUGAAAAAGAUCACAAAGCACCAACGACAUCAGCUCGCGAGGUGCUUUGUUGCGCUGGCGGAAGGCACCAAGGAAGACGUUGUCGCAUGUGCCGUCGACUUGGGGCUGAGAACCAAACACAUGGACAGGGACGUGCUCGAGAAGUACAUGCGCGUGGCGUUUGAUCGAGACGACAAGCAAGUCACGGACGGGCUGAACAUCCAGCUGUUCAUUGAAGCGCUCGAAGCGCGGGAUCCGAUCGUGUCCCAGGCAGACGACUUUGUGAUGGCGUCGCGGGUGUCGUUGCUGCUGCGCGGACUCAGCUACGCACUGCGGUACCCCAUGUCUCAUGCCCAAAUGUGGGCGCCGUUGGCCAAACAAAUCCUGGCGACUGAACCCGAAGACUAGCACCGUACAGAUAGUAAUAGUUUUACUAUUAAUAAUAGUGAUAAUUACGCUCUAAGCAAAAACACACUUGAAUCAAA